CCCACAGCAGUGGCUCCCUCCUCCUCCACCGAGGAAGGCGCAUGCGGCAUGAGGGAGGAGGGAAAGGUGCGUGCCUUUCCCACCUCCUCCCUCGCCCGGUGUGCUCAUUCCAAAGCUUUGCUUGUUUAUAAUGGGCAGCUGACAUGCUCCUGUAACACAACAAAGUGAGAGAGAGAGCAAAGAUCAUAAGCAGUCGAUAGUGGAGCAUGGGACAACACACUGAGAUUUGAGCUUUUCCAUAUCAGAUAUGUUGUAUUUUACCUAUAAGGGGGUCUUGUUCCCCACAAUGUCAUCUUCAGAGAAAACACUGAACUAUGUGGAAAAGGAAUUCCAGAUGUUGGAUGAUGAUAUAGUGACUGUCACAUAUCCAAAGUCAGGUACUAACUGGAUGUUGGAGAUCUUGGGGUUGGUCCAAUAUGACGGGGACCCAUCAUGGGUACGCAGUCGGAUAGUCUGGGAUCGGUCACCAUGGAUUGAUACUGAUACUGGCCUGGAAAAAGCGUUGACAUAUUCUCCACCCAGACGCCUAUCUUCUCACCUACAAUUCCAGUUUUUCCCCAAGUCCUUUCUCAAUUCCAAGGCCAAGAUUAUCUAUGUCGUGCGCAACCCCAAAGAUGUUCUGGUCUCACAUUACCACUUCUCCAAAUCUUUUAAAGGAUUCCAGGAUCCUGGGAGUAUGGAAGAGUCCUUGGAGACAUUCCUGAAAGGGGAUAUGCCAUUUGGCUCUUGGUUUGACCAUGUGAGAGGCUGGAUGAAGUUGAAAGACAGACCCAACUUCUUCUACUUCACCUAUGAAGAGCUGCUACAUAAUCCCCAAGAGAGUGUGGAGAAGAUCUGCCAGAUCCUUGGAAAGACCCUGAACAGGCAGCAGAUAGACUCUGUGUUGGAAAAUGCAUCUUUCCAGAAGAUGAAGGAUAACAAAAUGUCCAACUUCACUCAGGUGCCAGAUGAAUAUUUCGAUCAUGACAAAGGAAGGUUCAUGAGAAAAGGAAUCUCCGGGGACUGGAAGAACCACCUGACAGUGGCGCAGAGUGAAUACUUUGACCGAGUUUAUCAGGAAAAAAUGCAGGGUGUGAAUGUAAUCUUCCAGUGGAACUGAAGAAUCCCAGAAAGCUCCAUCUGCUGUCCUGCUUCCUAUUAGGACCAGAACCUUAUGUAUCUCAGUCUAGUGUUAGAGUUUUGCAAGCUGAAGUAGUUGCCAGCUGACCAUUGCUGAUUCCAAGAGUUACUCUAGAGCAGCGUUUCUCAAACUUUGUUCCUCCAGGUGUUUAGGAAUUCAUCUCCCAGAAAUCCCAACCAGGUUACCAGUUGUUAGAGUUGAAGUCCAAAACAUCUGGAGGAACAAAGCUAGAGAAGUGCAAAAUGCACACUGCACUUUAUUAGUAUACAUCUUAUCUCAAUAUUUCUCUCUCACUGCUUCCCUCUCUCACAAUAUAUGCAGUUUUUCAGUGUCAACACCGACAUAUUUUACCUACCGAGAAAUUAUGUAUAUGUAUAGCACAAAUACUCAGCUAUGUGGGAAAUGAAUUCCAGCUGUUAGAUGAUGAUGUAGUGACUGCUAGCUGCCCAAAGUCAGGUAAGAAAGAAUACACAGAAAGCCAGUAAAGAUGCUCACAGAAGAAAAUACCACUUUGCAUCUGAAAAAUCAGUAACAGGACAAUGUGGCAAGAAUCAGCACCAGAAAGUCCUGCCAAGAAUGCAUGAAUAUAGGUAAAGAUAAAGGUUUUCCCCUGACAUUAAGUCUAGUCAUGUCCAACUCUAGGGAUUGGUGCUCAUCUCCAUUUCUAAUCUGAAGAGCUGGCGUUGUCCGUAGACACCUCCAAGGUCAAGUGCAUGACUGCAUGGAACGCCGUUACCUUCCCACUGAAGCAGUACCUAUUGAUCUACUCACAUUUGCAUGUUUUCAAACUGCUAGCUUGGCAAGAGGCUGGGGCCAAUAGCAGGAGCUAUUAGAACGCCAACCUUUUGGUCAGCAACUUCAGCAACUCAGGCCUGUGUCAUUUAUUUCCAAAAUCUUUGAUUCACCUUCUUUUUCAUGAAAAUAUUUCUGUUGGGUCUUCUAUAUUGUAGAAUUAAUGGAGUUGGUUCAAUGCCAUGGCUCAAUGCUGUGGGUUCCUGAAAAUUGUAGUUUGACAAGGAACCUGUACUCUUUGGCAGAGAAGGCUAAAACCUUUUUUAAACUACAGCUUCAAUGAGCACUGAGCCAUGGCAGCUAAAGUGGUGUCAAAUCACAUUAAUUUUACAGUGUAAAAGUAUCCUCAGUUUCAAAGUGGCUACAUGAUUCUAUAUAUCACUUCAUGUUGAUAUAGUAACACGUCUAUGUCUUUGAAAGAAAGCCUGCCAAUGUUAAAAGAAGCAGGGACUGUUGCAUCAUUAUACUUUCUAAAAGUACACAGUAACAACAGCACAAUGGACAAACAAAAAGGGAUUCAGUGGAUUAGCCCUGGCUUUUCUCUGCGCGCCACCACCAAAUGAACGCCAAUGAAUGUCCAUUUUCCAUGAAUCACAAAGAGACACAAUCAGAGGUACAUGUAGAGAGUUCUUGUUUGGGGAAUAUGGAAUGAGUGUCCCUGAUCAGUUGAGGUUUCUCUUGGCAUUUAAGAGCAAAGGGAUUUGAGCAUGUCUGUGCUACAGUGGCCAAAUUGCCACGCAUGCCCUCAAAGUCUCUUUUUGUGACCGCGAAUUCCUCUAAAUUCCCUCAUUUGCCCAUUUUUUUGGCUCCUCAAAAGUGUGACUUUCCUGAAGUUAUCAAACUACCUAGCAUUUUUAAAACAUCAAAUAAUUCCCAUUUUUUUAAAAUAACAAAUACGGAUGUCUGGGCACCAGUUUUGGGUUCUCCUUUUUUCCAACAUUUUUUUUUUGGGAAAUCCCCUUUCCCAGAUGCAAUAUAACCUGAUGCAACCAGGGCUGUGAGAUUUCAGAGCCUGCCUGAGAUACCAAUGUCCAAGGUGAGAUAUAAGCCUGUUAAUUCUCGGUUUUUGGGGGGUGGCAAUGCUGUGUGCAAAUCUUCAGCUCGACUAGCACAGCAAACCAAGACCACCCCCCAGCAAAAUUUAUAAACUCUGACCUAGUGCCUCCUUUGGACCAUAGUGAGGAGCCUCAAUGGUUUGCAGAACUGGACCAAGGAAGACUUGAAGCAGCUGCCAGCUCCAGAAGAUAUAUUGUCUCCAACCCCCUCCCUUUAUGAAUUACAAAGUAACGUCUUAAUAAAUGGACAUCCCGGUGUCCCUUUGCCCUCA